UGUCUGCUAUUGGAUCGUUUCAGCAGUGCCGUAACGUCCGAAUUUGAGUUCACUGGAUAAAUACAGCUGUAAAAAUCACAAUUUCACGUCGAGGCUGUAUUUCCUCUGCUGCCUGGUCCGGCUUCUGCGCCGCUCUCUUGUUAACUUGCUGCGAGGAGACGGAGACCGAAGUGACAUUUAACGUUACCUGAAUUCAUUCAUCCACAGCGACAAUGGCAGCACAGGAUUUUAAUUUCUUGCUUGCGACGGAUUCUUACAAGAUCACACACUACAAACAAUAUCCCCCAAACGUCAGCAAAAUCUACUCCUACUUUGAAUGCCGACGCAAGAAAGGCUCCCAGUUCAAUGAGGUGGUGUUCUUUGGUCUUCAGUAUCUGCUGAAGAAGUACCUCACAGGCCCAGUGGUCACAGAGGAGAAAAUUCAGGAAGCCAAGCUCUUCUACCAGAUGCAUUUCAAGCAGGCUGUGUUCGAUGAGGAAGGCUGGAGGAAAGUCCUUGAGAAACACGACGGCCGUCUUCCUAUUCGGAUUAAAGCUAUCCCUGAGGGCAGGAUAAUACCGAGAGGCAAUGUGCUCUUCACUGUGGAAAACACAGAUCCAAACUUCUACUGGCUGACCAACUACAUUGAGACUAUGCUGGUCCAAAUGUGGUAUCCCAUAACAGUAGCCACCAUAUCCAGAGAGUUUAAGAAGAUCCUGGCCAAGCAUCUGAAGGCCACCUCAGGGAGCCUGGAGGGCCUGGACCUGAAACUGCAUGACUUUGGCUACAGAGGAGUCUCUUCACAGGAGUCCGCAGCAUUAGGUGGAGCAGCUCACCUGGUUAAUUUCUGCAGCACAGACACAGUAGCUGGGCUGUUGAUGGCUCAGCGAUACUAUGGCUGCCCAAUGGCUGGCUUCUCCAUUCCAGCAGCAGAGCACAGUACCAUCAUCUCCUGGGGGAGGAGCAGGGAGAAGGAGGCGUUUGAGCGAGUCUUGGACCAGUUCUCCUCAGGGCCGGUGUCAGUGGUCAGUGACAGUUACGACAUCUUUAAUGCCUGUAAACACAUCUGGGGAGACAAGCUGAAAGAGCAAGUUAUGGAGCGCAGCCAGGACUCAUGUCUAGUCAUCCGGCCAGACUCUGGAGACCCUGCAGAGACUCUUAUUGAGGUCAUCAAGAUUUUGGAGGAGUGUUUCGGCUGUUCUCUGAACUCUGUGGGCUACAAGGUGUUGCCUUCUUACCUGCGAAUUAUUCAAGGAGACGGCAUUGACCUUAAGUCAGUGGAAGAGAUUCUUGAGAAGCUGAGCGAUGAAGGCUGGAGUGCUGAGAACGUCUUCUUCGGUUGUGGUAGCUCUCUGCUUCAGAAACUCAACAGAGAUACACUCAGCUGUGCCUUCAAGUGCAGCUAUGUGGAGACUAACGGCAAGGGUAUGGAUGUGUACAAGCAGCCAGUGACUGACCCUUCCAAGGGGUCAAAAAGGGGUCGAUUAUCACUGAGGAGAAACUCUGAUGGAUUCUUAGAGACAGUAGAGAGAGGGGCAGGCAAGCCUGAAGAGGACCUGCUGGUGACUGUUUUUGAGAAUGGCAGCCUGGUGAAGGACUACUCCCUGGAGGAGAUCAGGAAGAACGCUCGGCUGAGGGACGAGGAAGUGAACCCCACCCUGCACAACCACGAACAGGAGAUGCUGCACAAUCACAUCAUCAAUGGGAUUCAUUAGAUCGACCACAAUGCACAAUCUCUCACAAUGCAUAAGUUACUUCAGUGUUUAAUAGUUGCACUGGAAUGAAGACUGCAGUGUGUUUGAAAGGCACCCAUCUAAGUAUAAUCUCAACAUGUUGAACUGGAGUGAAAGGUUGUUUCUCACAGCAGUCACCACCAGGCAUUUCUGCCCACACAUCAUUCUGAGGAGGCUAGUGAUAGCAUCGCUUUCAGGUUGGUCAGCUUCUUUCACUUCAUUCAGUACACUGUGUGUGCAGAAGGUUACACUGCCCUGUCAUGGCCAUGACCAGGACUGAAGCUCAGGGUCAAAUACGUUAAGCUAAGUAUAGUUCAAUUUUUAAGAUGCACUUCCUUAUUUUGAGGUUUAUACUUAACACUUGAAGAAAACAAGGGUGUGUAUCUUUAACUAUAUUUUCCAUGAUAUGCAGUAACUGAGCAUUUUCAGGCCAAAAAUGACAGAAACUUCCAAAUAUUCCGAGCUUCCAUUGGAUUUCUUUUUCUUAGCAUUCUUGGUAGAGGGGAAAUGCCUUUGAAGCAUUAGUUUGGACCACAAGACACUAACAUUAACACUGUAAUAAAAUAUGAAUGGUAACGCUAUUAUUGAUCAUGGUAAUGGUGCUACAUUACAGGUAUGGGUUACACUGAGUGUGUGAUGUAGAAUAUUUAAUUUAAGGUCAUUGUCAGCCUCAUAUAUCAGCUGAACAAUAUAUUGCUUCAGUCCUACUUUCUGUCCUUUGGUUUGUAGGAAAUGCAAACCAUGUACAGUAUAUAAAUGAAGACAUCACAACACUGACCAGUAGUGCAAAAUACAUGAAGCACGUAGUGCUGCACUGUCACAGUUUGGGAAAACAAACAAAGUCAAUGAAGCCAUAUGCAUUGUUUCUGUUUCAUGAUUUCUGAUUCCACUGGCCCACAAAGCACACUGUACAGAACCCCAGUGUUCAAUGUUAAAUGAAUUAAAAAAGGCAUUAUGAAAGAAAUAAUCAUAUGAGCAAAUAUGAUUAUAUAUGUAUUUGUGUGUGUGUGUGUUAAAAUAUAUAAAUGAACCAACCAUUUCUGAAUUAUGAUAAUAAUAACAAUAAUAAUAAUGAUCAUGAGAGCUGGAGAGAGAGAGAAGGCAGGGAGAAGAGAGGGUGAUGUGCAGGAAGUAGCCCAGGCGGGACUCAAUCGCAGGCCAAUGCAGUUUCAUUUCAUUUCAUUUUAGCAAGCUCAACAACUGCUAACAAAUUUAGCCACUUUGCUACUUCUGGCCAGAGCAACUACAAUGCCAACGUUAUCCUGAAUACACAAACUAGAUGCUGUUGUAACCAAACACAGACACAGUAGCUAAUCUGUAGCUUGUAAGCUUCACAGAACUGUUGGUGCCACCUUCCUGUCCAGCAGGGCUCAUCUGUGGGUUGUUACUCAGCACCACAGUGAGGGCCCAGCGUUGGUGUGUUUUCAUAGGGUAUAUUCAACAAUCACAAUCAAGGACUGGAACCAUGAGUUUGAAUCAUUUCAUGAAUUAUUUUAAGAAUUAUAGUUUCAUUUAUUUAUCUAUCACACAUAUGACUGUUGAUUUUACUUAUUUAUUUGUUUAUUUAAUAUUGAACACUCUGGGGCUCCGUACAUUCCAAGCAUUUUGGAUCGUGACCUUGAAAUGAAGCAUUGCCCACUUGUGACUCUUCAUCAUAAGUUCUGUGCCUAUGAGCAGUGAGCAAUUCAUCCAUCGAAAAGAGUCAAUUCUAAUCUCAGAAUGGAGCCUUUGACAUUACAAGCAUGUCGACAGAGUGCAAUUACUUUUAAUGCCUGAAGGGGGAGACAAAAGUCCCUCACUGCAGGUUUAAAUUUCCAUAAACUUAAGAAAAUAGUGGCUUGGCAGUAUUCUCUUGACAGAAAGGGGUGGUGGGAAAGACAUAUUUUCCUUUUCUGUUUCCAUUUAAUCAUUUAAACUGCCAAAUUUAUUAAUGUCUUCUGUUCAGUAGCAGUUAACAGCAUUUUGUUUUGAAAGUUUGGGAUUUUGAUCAGAAGACAGACUGGAAAUGUAGCUGCUUUUACUUAAGUCAAUUUUUCCUCUUAUUGUGCAUGGCUAAAAUGACUGCAUUAUGCAGUAAAAUAACUGGAUGUCUGGAUGGUUUGGUAGUAGCAAACUGGAUUGGUAAACUGGAAAACACCUACGUGAGGUGGAUGGAAUGAUACAAAUAGAUAGUUGUAAAGUGAAGCUGGGCUAAAGCUUUUUGUUGAAAGUCAGGUUCUGAUUAGCAAAUGAACUGUGCACUGAGUUUUGGACAUAAAAGGAAAAAUUAAAUCAGAUAUUCUCCUUCAGAUACAGUCAGUCUCCGAUGUCCACCAGUUAUUGUACGAUGACGUCUUAAUUCAUCAACCUGCCUAGUCUACUUUAGUCAGAAAUAUUUUAUUUCCCAGAAUGCCUUUUAAGAGCCUCUAUACAAGGGGGAUUAUUACUUCAGAUCAAAGGCAGAAAUAGUUUUGCAGACCCAUAUAAAUCUGUGUAUCUUCAUGUCAACGCUGUUUUAGAGUUCCUGUACUAAAUGUAUCAUCUGAUUACCUGCCUUUACCAACAUACUGCAUAAUGUAAAACACACUAAAUGUUUUAGUGGUUCCUUCUUUUUGUUUUUGGCAGGCAGCAAUAUAGAAAAUGCUUCUGACAAAUGCAAACACCAGCCAGUCAUUUUUGAGGGGUUGAACUGUUCAGGAACCUGCAGGCCCACCUUCAAGAUGGAUUUCAUCUGCUUUUCUCUUGAUUUUACUCUCUCUUCAUGCCCUUUGCUUGUUUGUGUUUUUUAAUAUUCAGCAAAAAAACAAUCUGCAAUAAUCUGGUAUGUUAAUGUUUCAUACAGCAGACCUGAGCCUGUUUGCGUUUCAUUUUCUUGCUGAUGACUGGUCUGUGCAGAUCAGUCAUGACAAUUUGCCACAAACAUUGGACGACACAUGGUUUCCCUCUUGUGUAGCACCAGCAUGAAUUAUAUUUUGUUAAAAUACUCAUUUUCUUCUAGUUGAACUGUAUCUUUUAAAUGUUCUCUAUCAUUGAAUUUGUUUGUUUUAAAAACUGGAUUUUUGUAAGAUUAAAAAAACUUACACACUU